GACUUCCGACCGACGGUCCAAGCACAUCCCUGCACGUGCCAGCUUCUUCGCUCCCACUGCUCCUCUUUACUCCUCCUCAAUCCAUCGAAGCUGCCCCCACCUCCGCCCGCGAUCUCCACGCGCUUCGUCCGUCUGCUGCAUCCCCUCAGCCCCAGCCCCAAGCCAUGUCCUCCUCCGACAACCCCGACACGGUCACCGACCGCGCCUUCGGCUUCGGCAAGAACAAGGACGACGACAAGAAGAAGGAUGACAAGAAGAACGACGAAGAGGGCAACAGCGGCGGCGGGGGGUUCAUCGAGAAAGUGAAGGACUUCAUCCACGACAUCGGGGAGAAGAUCGAGGAAGCCGUCGGCUUCGGGAAGCCCACGGCCGACGUCUCCGGGAUCCACGUCCCGCACAUCGGUCUCGACGGCGCCGACUUCAUCGUCGACGUGCUCAUCAAGAACCCCAACCCGGUCCCCAUCCCGCUCGUCGACAUCGACUACCUCGUCGACAGCGACGGCCGGAAGCUGGUCUCCGGCCUCAUCCCGGACGCCGGCACCAUCCGCGCCCAUGGCCAGGAGACCGUCAAGAUCCCCAUCUCGCUCGUCUUCGCCGACAUCAAGAACACCUACAGGGACAUCCAGCCGGGCAGCAUCAUCCCUUACCUCGUCCGCGUCGUCCUCCUCGUCGACGUCCCCGUCUUCGGCCGCAUCAAGAUCCCGCUCGAGAAGUCCGGGAAAGUGCCGAUUCCUUACAAGCCUGACGUUGAUGUGGAUAAGAUCAAGUUCCAUCACUUCUCCUUCGAGGAGACCACGGCCACCAUCCACCUUAGCCUUGAGAACAAGAAUGACUUCGAUUUGGGCCUCAAUUUGCUCCAGUAUGAGAUGUGGCUUGGGGAUGAUAGGGUGGCUGAUGCUGAGCUUACUGAGACCACCAAGAUCGACAAGCAAGGGAUCACCAAGAUGCAGAUCCCAUUCACCUUCAGGCCCAAGGAUCUGGGCUCUGCUGUCUGGGACAUGAUCAGGGGCAGGGGCACUGGGUACACUAUCAAGGGCAAGAUCGAUGUCGAUACGCCCUUUGGGAACAUGAAGCUGCCCAUUAGCAAAGUCGGUGGAACCACUCGCCUCAAGAAGGACAGCGACGACGAUGAUGACGAGGAGUAAGUGCUGCUACUGAACAUACAGGAUAGUUAAGCAGGGAGCCGGAGAGGAUGCUGCAAGUGGGAUGACUACAUAUGCCCUUAGAACCAGCUGAAAACUCUUGCUUUAGCUUAUAUUAAAUAUGAUGGUACCUUUUUUUUUCAUUUCGUUGAACCUCAUCCGUGUUUAUGCUUCGGCGUGCAGUGUUCUUUGGGGCUGCUGAUACAGUUGCUCCCAGUGUGAAUGGAUUCUUUGUGUGUCAACUUUACUUCUAUCAGUGGAAACAAACUUGAGAAUAAAAUUCCAUCGCCCCUUGUUGUUU